GAAGCUUCAAUCAUGGAGGAUCCAUCAUAUUUACAUGUGAUGUUGGUUACACGUUGGUAGGAGAAUCAACGAUCACAUGCGAUAAUGGUCAAUAUAGUUCAUCAUAUGCAGAAUGCAAAGCUAACUGUGAGCGCCCUCCAUUGGUUCUUAAUGGUGAGGUAAAUUCAGAUGCGUCUCAUGGAGGUAAAACAUCAUUUACAUGUAGAGACGGAUACACGUUAGUUGGUGUCGCAAGUACUUUGUGCCUGGAUGGACAGUACCAAGAUCAAUUUCCAGUAUGCUAUGCAAACUGUGAGGCGUCAAUCAGUAUAUCCAAUGGUCAGUACACAGGAAGCUAUAAUCAUGGAGGAUCCAUCAUAUUUACAUGUGAUGUUGGUUACACAUUGGUAGGAGAACUAAGGAUCACAUGCGAUAAUGGUCUAUACAGCUCAUCAUUCCCAGAAUGCAAAGCUAACUGUGAACGCCCUCAAUUGGUUCUUAAUGGUGAGGUAAAUUCAGAUCUGUCUCAUGGAGGUAAAACAACAUUUACAUGUAGAGAUGGAUACACGUUAGUUGGUGUCAACAGUACUUUGUGCCUAGAUGGACAGUAUCAGGAUCAAUUUCCAGAAUGCUAUG